UUAUUAUUAUUAUUGUUGUUGUUUCCCGUCGUCGUCGUUUGUUCGGCUCUGGACCGAUCGGACGAAUAAGAGGAGGAGAAAAUUUUUUAUCGUUUGUGUUAAUGUCGGCCGUACGUUCGAGUUUGCGCGCGCGAUCCACGAUAAUAACAUUGUUUUAAUGAUAAUAUGUGCACCACCAUUUCUCUUAUCCUAUCGCCUUCCGCCUUCAGACCGAUUAGAAUAACAUUGUAAUGUACUAUGUAGUAUAUUAAUUCUGUCUGGCGUGUACUGAUAGUAUUGUUUCCAGUAUCGUUGUAGAGAGACUAGCGGUAGUACGUGUUAGUGCUUCGUCGAUCGUACGCGUUCUCGUUGGAUAAAAUAAAUGUUUUUCUUCAUUUUCACUCCGGCCUAUUGGAUACUGGUUAGCAGACCAUGACGAUAAUAUUUGACCACUGCGUUUUGUGGAAACAUAAUGAGUCCUGCUGAGAACACCUGCCACCGUAUUUUCGUCCGUUUUCGAGAACAACACCUAUUGCUUAUAGUAUUAUAGUACUAUUUUUUAAGUACCUAUUACUGGUCGCAAAACGCGGUGUGCCUUCGUCAACUCGUUUUCCAACUACGAGGAUUGUGUAUAAUGAAUAUCAGUUUCCUAUGGCAAAGAUGAGGUAUUCAGAUAUGCCCAGAGAUGUAUCCAUUGACAAUUUUCCUUCGCUCAAUGUGUCCGAGAAAGUGAAGUCAAAGGCGGCAUAUGAUGACAAUGAUAAAUUAGAACACUUAGUUUCCAAUACUGAGUAUAGAAAGUUAACUACAUAUAACUCUUUGAAAAAGCAUCCAUCAAAUCUAUCAACCCCAUCCUGUGAACAAAGACAUAGAAGACGUCUAUCAGAAACAUUAACAUGUGGUUUAGCAAGACAAUGUAAAACACAUAGUCUUCCUUGCAACAUGACUUUAAAACACCCAUAUAAUGUUGAUGAACAAGAUAUAGACAAGGCUAAGGGUGUCUUAACUCCUGGCAUUCUUCCGGAAGAUUGGGCUGCUCAACUUACUUUAUUGGAUUUAAACAUAUUCAGUCAAAUCUCACCAGAAGAAUUGUCUUCAUGUUCUUGGAACAAGAAACAGAAACUAGAAGUUGCCCCAAAUAUUGUAGCCUUUACUAGGCAAUUCAAUCAUGUAUCAUUUUGGGUCGUACAAGAAAUACUGAAAGGUGUCACUCCUAAAAUGCGUGCUGAUUUAAUUACGCAAUUUAUAAAGAUCUCCAAAAAAUUAUAUGAUCUUAAUAAUUUUCAUUCAUUAUUUGCUGUUAUUUCUUCUCUGCAAAGUGCUUCAGUUUAUAGGUUAUCCAAAUCGUGGAACAACGUAUCUAAGAAAGAUCGACAGUCAUUUGAUAAACUAGCUAAUGUGUUCUCAGAAUCAAAUAACUGGAGGAAUCUUCGGGAUCAUUUAGAAACAUUACGUUUACCAUGUAUACCAUAUUUAGGUGUAUUUUUGACUGAUUUGGUAUAUGUUGAUAUGGCACAUCCUCAUAAAAGCAGUGGCUUAUUAGAAUCUGAAGCUCGACGGCUAAAAAUGAAUAAUAUUUUGAGAGUCAUAUCUCACAUGCAACAAAGUCGUUAUGAUCAUUUAAUACAAUUUCCAAAGAUAAAUGAUUAUUUUAAUUCCAUUAGAUACAUUGAAGAACUACAUAAGUUUGUUCAAGAUGAUCAAUACAAGUUGUCAUUAAAAUUAGAACCACUGUCUUGUCAAACUGAUAAGGGAUCGAAAGAAUCUGUUAAUCAAGUUUUGUUAGAUUCUUUAAGUUUGUCUCCAGCAAAAUCAACUGAUUUAAUGAGAAUUAGAAAAUUUUCUUUGUGCAAGCAACAACAGAAAACUAACUGUUCAAAAUAUCGCAGUGCAAGUCUACCGCGUAGUUUUCUUAAAAAACCUGUGAUUCAAUCUGCAGUUUGUAAUAAUAAUAGUUUAAUUCAUAAAUCUGACGAAGGAAUAUUGUCAACUGUUAAUUCAAGAAAUUUACUUGAUGACUCACUCAUAGAAGAAAAUACUUUAGAUUUAUCUAAUUUGAACCUUUCACCUUCACAAACAUUGAAAGGAGCACAUAAAAUAAGUCUGGAGAGUUGCUUGAGACGCAAAGUGGUUUUAAAAAAUGGUCGAAAACCAGCUGUGACAACGUGGCAACGAUAUUGGAUACAAUUAUGGGCUUCUGUUUUAAUCUACUAUUCUCCUAAGUCAUUUAAAGGUUGUAAUAGAAACGACUUUAAACGAGAACCUUGCAAACUUUGCCCAUUAAAAGGAUGUACUAUUAGUCUUGGGGAUAAUCCAGAUACAUUUUUGAUCAAACAUCCUGAUCAAAGAAAUACAUAUAAGUUUCGUGCUGAAAGCGAUAAUACUGCAUUACAAUGGUACAGAAGAUUAUAUCAUGCAGCAAAAUUAGUACACCAACCAGAUACUAAAUUACCUGAUAACCUAAUAAGUUUCGACUGAUUAGUUUUAACUUUAAGUAUGUGUGUUUUUUUUAAUAUAAAA